AUGAAAAGUUUUAGUGUCCUGCUUUUCCUCCCGAAACACAGCCAACCCAAACAAAAACUUCCCAUCUUGGUCUACUUCCAUGGCGGAGCCUUUUGCAUCGAAUCCGCCUUCUCUGACCACCACCAGUACCUUAACAGUUUGGUUUCUCAAGGCCAAGUGGUUGCUUUAUCAGUGGAGUAUAGGUUAGCUCCUGAGCACUCUCUCCCCAUUGCUUAUGAAGAUGGCUGGGCUGCCCUACAAUGGGUUGCUUCACACUCCAUCGACAAUGGUACUGUCGAGAAAGAGCCAUGGUUGGCAAAUCAUGGCGACUUUAAAAGGUUUUUUACCGGUGGUGACAGUGCAGGAGCAAAUAUAGUACAUAACGUGACCAUGCGGGCCGGGGUUGAGGGUUUGCAUGGGGGCGUUAGGAUUCUAGGAGCUUUUUUUACCCACCCUUUCUUCUUGGGUUCAAAGUCAAAAGGAUCGGAGAACUCUAGCGUAGAGGACGAGAACCCAUCCCCAUCUUCGUUUUGGGACUACAUAUAUCCUGGAGCACCUGGUGGUAUUGAUAAUCCAGUGAUAAAUCCAGUCGUUCCAGGAGCACCAAGUUUGGCGGGACUUGGUUGCUCUCGGUUUCUCGUGUCUGUCGCUGAGAAGGAUGGGCUGAGGGAUGGGGGUGUUUGUUACUACAAUGCGGUGAAAGAAAGUGGGUGGAAAGGAGAGGCGGAACUAGUUGAAGUGGAGGGAGAGGAUCACGCCUUCCAGAUUCUGCAUUUUGGGUCUGCGAAUUCUAAGAAUUUGAUCAAACGCUUGGCUUCCUCUCUCCUCAAAUAAAAUCAUGAUCUUUUGUGAUGUUUUAUGAGCGCUUGCUUUCUUUCUAGUCUUUUUAGGCCUUGGUUUCGCGAAUGCUUGGAAGCUCGAGCUUUAGAUGAUGCUCGAAUGAAAUAAAAAUAGAGAAGGCAGGCCCCGCCACGAUUGUCGUUUGUAAAACAGCUU